UCGCUCGCGGCAAUCGCGCGCCGACCUCAGUCGCGGGAGGGCGCUGCGAUCGUCCGCCGCGAACGAAACACGUGCGUACGUGUAUUCCCAUUCCGUGUCAAUACGCCGCCGUGAUGCGUGCCUAGCAUCAGAAUCACACGAUCGUCUGCAAAUGAAUAUGCAAGAUGGGUUAAUCUUUGAACUGUCCACGAUGACUCAUAAAGUGAAAAAACGGUUCUAAAUCUAAGACGAUGUUCUUGUUGGAUUAGUGCUACAUUUCUGGUUCAAAAUGGAUGACAGCUCGCCAGACCUGUCGCUCAAGCUUCGGCGGGGCUCGAGCGAUUCGCGAGAGUCGUUCUAUAUGGAUUUUGCUCAAGGAAUCGAUUCGGAUAUCGAAGAGGUGACGACGAUCGAGCGGGUGAUACCGGAGCACCCUGGCGGCAGGACUGAGGGGGAUUCGGAUACUCUGGCAACGCCGUCGGGCCUGGAAGAGAAUAAGGAUCUGAUGCAAUGUUGUUACUCCAUACCAGCCAACAACAUGUCUGGGGGCUCCCACGUCUCGCGGACUACAUACGGGGGCGCAGACUCCGAGGUGUCUGGCGGUAGCGCCCCGCCGCUGCCUAGCCCGGCGUCUGCUGGUGCAGCCCUGGUGUCUCCUGAGACCUUGAGCCGGCACAGCAGUCCACCGCCGCUGCCUGCUCACCCGGCACAUCAACAACCGGCGCCUUCGUGCUCGUCGCAUCGGGUGCAUAUGGAAUCUCCCAUGAGGUUGUCUAGUCCUCCGUCCCUGUCACUGGGCGGGUCCCUCUCGCUGCAGCCAGUUCUGUACGGACCGGCCAGCGGAGGGCCAGUGCAUCCUCCUCUGCCACCAAACAGGAGGGCCUCCAGACCUUCAGCUUCUAUACAGCAUAUGCACGUGAUAAGCCCGGGCGAUGCGCUUGCGACGACUUUAUCAGCUCUCUACGGAAAACUGUUGGUAGUGAUGGGGGUGGCGUUUCCCAUGGCUGAAGUGAUAUCCACAUACAUUCCACCGUCCUUCUAUGAGGGUUUCUACCUAUACCUGUAUAUUGGCAGUAUGGUCUUUCUGCUGUAUAUGUAUGCAGCACUAGCGAGGGAUCGAUCGAAAUCUGCAGCCGAUACAGCUGUAGUUGCCAAAACAGAUUCAAGCUCGUCACCAUCGGAGUCGGACUCGUGUUCGUCGCGCACAGAGCGCAGCACCGCCACUGCUGCACGGAUGCAGCCACAACUCGCAGCGAAACGACUGUCGCUGGGUUUUGCGCUGGCGACGCGCACGCAUCACUACGGAAGCUUCUAUUUGAGGAUGGGUGCUGUUGCGUUCGGGAUCGGUUCCAUGAUCUACUCCGGGCUGGAGUUCGGGCAGUACUGGGAGCUGGAAAGGAACACUAACUGCCACAAUGUGCUCCUCGCUCUGACACCCGCCACUAGAAUGGCCUUCAUCUUCAUACAGAUGUACUUCAUCUUUCUGAACAACGAGAUGAAAGUGUACAAGCACAAGAUAGUGGCCAGGUUUGGGCUGAUGCACAUGGUGGGGACGAAUCUCAGCGUGUGGCUCAACGUCCUCGUCCAGGAGACCAAGCACGAGAUCCUCACGUUCUACGACCCGGAGAACAAGACCAUUGGCUUAUCCCAUCGAUUAGCAUUCCAAAAAGCCUUCGCUUCGCUGACAACAGACGUGCCACCGUCUCACCCUGCAGCGGCGCACCUGCGAGUCCCUCGUGGUCUAAAAGGCCCCCACCACAUCUUCGAAUGCCGCCGAACUAAUAUCAUGGGCUCUCUGGUCCAAGACGCAUCACCUUUUCUAUUUCCGUGCACCAUCGAAUACUCACUCAUCUGUGCAGCUAUACUUUAUGUCAUGUGGAAAAACAUCUCAAAAUACCCUUCGAAAGAUGUCGCCGCUGCCAUAGUCAAAGCACGCAUCCUCGAAGGUUUGGCAUAUAAAAAGUCACCGCAUCUAUACAGCGUAGACUGUGCCAGAGCUCAUAAAGGCCUGUUUUUUGGAAUAUUAGUAUUGGUUCUAACUAUUAUAUCUCUCAUACUAUUUUUCGUCUUAGUAUCAAAGAAAGAAUACGCAACUCUAGCUGUCGUUGAAGUAAACGUUUGUGAGUUGGCGUUGUAUGCAAUGACUACGUUUGCCAGUUUAGCUGGCAUGGUAUGUGUAAGCAAACUCAAAUACGAUGGCAACAGAAACCUUGAACUGGACAAUAUUCUCUUGAUUGGGGCUCAAACUGGCAUGUUCAUCUACGGCACUUUUACCAUCAUCGGUGGGCAUUUUACUAUUGAGAAGAACACUAUUCUUAUAUUGAUUACUGCUCUAUCAUCUUUAAUACAGACGACGUGCCAGACUAUGUUUAUAUUGGAUGCCAGUCGAAGAUCGGCAAAAACUGCAGAGCAGUUGAGAAAGAAGCCAGGAAGAGAAAUAGUCACGUUCCUACUUGUUACUAAUCUAGCUAUGUGGGCUAUAAAUACUCUUGAGAAAUCUCGGGCCGAAUCUCAUCCUGUUCAGCUACAUUUUUAUGGUCUCUGGGCCUGGACGAUCAUCACCCAUGUUUCGAUGCCUCUAGCGAUUUUCUACAGAUUCCAUUCAACAGUGUGCUUGUGUGAAAUUUGGAAACGGGCUUACAAGAUGAAACCAGCUUACAUGUAGCGACUCGCCCGACGGUACUAAAGUGUUCCGAGUGCUCUAAACAUGAACUAUGGUACGUUGAAAUCAGAAUGAAGUAGGACGUGUAGCUAGAUGAUAGUGCCAUAGACCUACAACGGGUAGCAAUAUUCUCAGAUAAAAUCUAAGCUCCUAAAAAUUUGAGGCCAAAUCAAAAAUGGCAAUAUAGAGAUCGGUCAGUAAACUGUAAAGAUAAAUUAUGUAGAUACAUACUUGUUAAUCAUACUAUCAUCCCUCUAUAGUGCACUUUUAUUAUAAACUUAAAUUAGUUUUGAAGUUGACUGCUGUAAUGUUAAGUUAUUGUAUUUAAAUAUUUUAAUGUGUUAUUUAUUUGUAGCUUUAUAAAUGCUUUAAUCAUAAUAAUAGAACUGAAACGUUCGUUACUUUGUAUCACAGUAUUUUCAAUUAAACGGGUUGAAUUUUAUUAAUUUUAGCGCUUAAUAAAUUAGACGUUACUUUUUCUGCUACUGAGAUAUUGUUAUUGAAAGUAUCUCCUACCUACUACUCCGUGAAAUUAUUGUGUUCAUAUUUUCACCCUGUUUUAGUGCUAAGAAUAAAGUUAGAGAAAUUUUUACAUUAUCUUUAUCCUAGACAGACAUCACAUUCCACGUUUGCAUAUUAGACACAAUCUGCUUAAUAAUGUUUUGAUGCACUCUGAGUAAAAACGAAUGUCUUCCAUUAGGUUAUGUUUAUGUUACAGCAAACAUUCAUCAUCAUUUAACAUUUUAUAGUAUUUGUCUUUUUCCAUUUUUACAGUGGGAACAAUGUCGACCUAAUAAUAUUUUUUUGGAAAUAUUUUUAACAUGAGGCUUUUAUUGUGAAAACUUCAGUGAAAGAUAAUAAAAUACAUUUUACUAUGAAUAACAUAGUCUAAUCAGAUUUUAGAGAUUUUGUAGCUAUAUUUUUGCGAUGAAAAUGUAGUGUCAGUAUUUUGGAUAAAAUUUUUAAACCGUAGCAAUACUAUGUACCGAGGACCCAGUAGUUAGGCAAAAAGAACACCAAAGUUUAUAUGGGUAGGAAAUUUUUGGAGCUUAUUACGGAAUAGAGUCCAAUAAAUUAUAACUAUUAUUUUGGGAAGCCUUAGAAUUUUCUUUGGGAGAACACCAAUCGCAGAAUAUGUAGUAUGGUUGAACAAUAGACUUAGCUAUUUCGUCCAGUACAUUGUUCGUUUCAAAUAUUUAUAGUAAGAAACAGUGAUAAAAAGGAUGGAAUUAAAUUAAUGAUCCAGUCUUUAUUUUUGAAAGCAAAGAAAAGAUCUAGAGAGUUUUAUUUCUCAAAAUGAAAAUAUUUAUAAAUAUGAUAAGAAUGGUUUAGCUUGCUACAAAACAGUGCUAUUUAACUCACUACCGUAUGUUAAAUAUUAUCACACUUAUUGUGGUUGUAACCGUAGCUUAUAUUGCUCAAAAAUUUACAAUCUUGAGAAUGGCUUUUAUUUAAAUCAAAUUAUUCAGCUUCAAGUCGGUUUUGGAAAAUUUUACAUAGAGUUAAGAUUUUACGAGUUGUUUUUGUACAAAGUUAAUUUAUUUAUAAAAUAUAAAUCCUAAUAACGCUAAACUUUGCAUAUUCCUAGUUAUUGUUAUUUUGCUUAGGUUUCUGGCAAGGUUUCAGGAAACGAAAUUAUUCGAUACUUUAAUUAGUAUUGGGAUAGUGUAAGUCAUUAAUUUUUAUCAUAGUGUAAAGACUUCAUUAUAAAUUAUUAAGUUAAUGUUCCAAUACUCAAAUAACAAUUUAGCUUUAAAAUAUGGAAUACCAAAUUUAAUGUAGGAUACAUGUUUUAUGGUGAGAACGGUGAGAGAAUGAAAUAAAUUAAAAUAAGUAUCCUUAAUUGAUCUGUAAAAUGAUUUGUAACACUAUGCAUUCGAAAUGGAGUGAAAAGUUAUAAUGUAGGUAAUUUACUGCCA